GCAGCUGUCACUUGACGAAACCUGUUGGUAGCCAGCAAGAACGCGCUCACCGUCAAGAAGUGGUGAUAAGAGACAACAGAAGAGAAUCGAAGUCAGCAAGUCAACAGUUUUCAUUCGCAGAUUUCAGACGCCCAAGCCUUUCUCUGUUUGAAGAGCAUCCAUGAUGAAGCAUUCUCCCCGUGUGAUGUGUGGACUGGUGGUCCUGCUGCUGACGGCGCUGACGGAGGCCAGACACAGUAGCUGCAGGCAGCCAUCCAACCAGGAGCUGGCACAGUACCUGUCGGGAGGUUCCAGCCUCCCGGAGAGUUUUUAUCAGUUCCCGCAACUCCUUAAGACCGUCAGGACCUACAACACGUCCAGCGAUGGCUACCGGGCCAGACUGAGCACUUUCUAUGAUGAGGGGAAGAACUGCUCUGAUGGAAGGAACCAGGACCCAUGCCCUGUCACCUGGGUGUUCAACUACGACUCUGACCGCUUCCCGGACACCCUUGUGGAGGCCAGGUGCAAGCGGUGCGAGCGGGGUUCUAUGACUGGUUUCACCUGCAGACCUGUCUACUACUACACCAAGGUCUUGAGGAAAGGCAACUGUGAUAGAGAAACUGGAGUGUACAGCUAUGAACCGGUGUAUGAACAGGUAUCGAUCAGCUGUUCGUUACACGUGAUGGGGGCAAUCGAAGGGGCAAAGCUUGCAAGAGCACACAGUCAAAAUGAGUUCAACAGAAUGUCCUAACCACAAAGAUAAACCAACGAAAUUCUCCACGGAGCAUGCGCAAACUACGUGACUGCAAAGGGAGAAAAUGAUGAACCCUUCCGGUUCGGUUUUAAAUUAGCCCAGGUGUUAUCCAUAACCUCUCUGGUAACGAGGGUGUAAGUAUUUGUGUGAUGUCACAGGUACGUCCCCAGUGGUUGCAUCAUAUUGAUGUUUGGUUUGCCAUUUGGCAAUUAUUAAUUUCAUCUUCCUUGUUAGUCUCUGCUAGCUGAUCGUGGUCUCUCGGAGACUCGGGGACCACUGCUGUACCAUGGUUGUAAAGUGUGUAAUGGAACUUCCUAAUGACUUUCAUGUGAUGAACUGGUGCUGUUUGGAUUUUAAGAACUUUGAAUAAGUUCAUACUGCUUUGCUUGUAAAUACUUUUUGCUGGUUAUAAAUUAGAUAAUAUGGAUAACUAUCAAGCAUUUUAUAUCUGUUUUGUUACUAUUAUUAUUCGGAUAUAUGAAGCCCAUUGGAUUGGAUUUAAAGACCCUUCUUUUUAAAAUGUCAGCCCUUCCUUCGUAUUUGUUCCUUACAACACUUGUCUAACAUUUGUAACAAAGUUCAUGUGUAUGUGCGCGUGCGCGAGCGUGUAUGGGUGGCUUUACAAGUCCGCGUGUGAGACUGAUGUGAAGGGAAAUGAAACAGUGAGGUGGCAUGAGUACAAACGGUUCUGUCAUCAUUUGUACUUUUCUGUGACAUAAUUUAAAACAUGUGAAAUAAUAUCUGCUCAUAUAGUACAGAUUUAUAUUAGUUCUCAGGAGUUUUAGCUUAAAAUUGUUUCCUUAAAAAUUCUUAUCUGAAGAGUGUUUGUUGGUAUCGUGAAUGCUUUGCGUUUAUUUCUUAUAUCUUGAUUUAAUUUAAUUUUUUAAUAUUAAAAUUAUCGGUGUAAUGUCUGCAAGUUGAAUUAUCACUUCACCCCUAACAAUCAAUAAAUCUUUUGUUUUUUAGUUCAGAUUUCUUGGUUCAAAUAUUAUUGCUUAUUUUUAACAUUCCUAGUCAUUGUAUAAAUAAUGGUCAGACGAUUUAGAGAUGGUCUUGUGGAUUGUAAACUUGAUGCAUUUUUUGUUAUUGUUUAUUUUUGUUUUCCCAAAUGAUGCUGUACAUAUCACACAUUUAUGCCGACCUGGAACAAUCAAGUUCAGUAAAACAAUCUCCGCAUAUUGAUCAUAUUGAAUUAUUUCUUGCCAGCAGUGAUGAUCACCUUUGUUGGGAAUAUAUAUUUUCAAGAAUAAAAUGUGCCGACUGCCACUAUUUCUGUGUUUGUUGUAAGUUGUAUAAAGAGGUAACCGUGUAGUAAUCAUCCCUCAUUUGAUCAUAGCCUUCGACUUUUUCUGCUUUUAAAUCAUCACUCGUCGGACUUCUUUCAUCGUUAUUUUCAU